AUGGACCGCGUGCGUGAUGCCAUCCACGUCGCGUCUCUAAGGUUGGGACGUAGCGACCCAGCUGCACCAACCACCGAAAGUGCAUCACCACGAGAUGCUGCCGGGACAGCGAGGCAACCGCCGGUCGAGGAGCCGACAUCGAGUCAUCUUCCGGCCUUACAAGACGAGCCCGAUUCUGGCGUUAGACAAUUGCUCGCUGCGAGAGACGACAAUGUCUAUCUCCCCAGCAUUCGACUUGUUCGUCACAGAAAUAAUGCUUCGAGGCCUGAAGCGAACAUUGGGGCAGUCCACGACUAUGCCGCGAACCCUAGAGAAGCAGACCGGUCCGAUAAUGGCAGACUAGGAAACUUGUGGAACAGAACUCGCCAGUCAUUAGGAUUUUGGCACGGAGAAAGGGAUACUUUGCAGUCUGAAAGCGACUACGAUGCAGAUAUGGUCGAUGCACUCGACGCUUUGGAUCCUGAGGUUCAAACUCUCAUCUCUCUGACCAACGUUCAAAACUCGCUUUUCGUCCCCAACCUGGGCAAAUAUGUGAACAGAAGACCGACAUUCUCACUCACGAGUCUUUUGCAAGACGUUGAACAGAAAUUGAAGCCGGGAGAGAAGGAUAAGCCCGGGCGGGGAAAAGCACCGAAGAUAGCACGCCCUGCACCAAUAUACCGAGCUCCUACCGGUGGCACAAUCGACUCGAAGCUCAGUGAUUCUCGGUAUGCGGUUCUUCCCGAAGGAGCAUCAUUGUCAGGGUGGACGUAUCAAGAUCGAUUGGAGCUCAAUGAUCAUGUUCGACAUAUGCUUCACUCACGCCGGUCGAAAUUCAAAAGGUCCAUGAAAGGGUUUAUGCAAUAUGUUCGCCAACCUCUGGGCUUCUGCAUCACCCUCUAUGCAACGUUGAUCACGCUUUUUGGCUUGGCCUGGGUUCUUUUCCUCAUCGGCUGGAUAAACGUGGGUGGGAAGCAACUGUAUAUCAUCAACGUGAUUGACAAUGUCCUUGUUGCACUCUUCGCCAUCGUCGGCGAUGGCCUUGCCCCUUUCAGGGCUGUUGACACGUAUCAUAUGAUCUUCAUUGCACGCUACCACCACGUCACCUGGUCGACGCGCAAGAAGCGAAACAUGCCUGAAUUGAAAAACCACAACGAUCUUCCUACCCAGAUGCCGCCACCUGUGGUCCCCAAGGCCAAAUCACGCCGCCGCGAUCGAAUAUUGAAUAAAGCAGUCGCAAACCGUGAUCGAGUAUUGAAUAAAGCAGCCGCAAAACUCCACCUGAGAAAACGAUUCGGCGCCAAAGAGGGCCUUGAAGAGCCGGGGGAGUAUAGCGUACUAACCCACAAGCAGCAGCGACUCUUAGACUAUCAUGGCGCCAAGUUUAACAAGUCGCACACGUUCUAUAAACCGCACGAGACGGAAACGCACCACGCGUUCCCCCUGCGACUGCUGGUCGCCAUCGUCAUUCUAUUGGACUGUCACUCCCUCUUGCAGAUUGCCUUGGGCACCGUCACAUGGAGUAUUAGCUACCGCCAACGCCCCUUUGCGUUGACGACGGUCAUUUUGUGUUGUUCAAUUACGUGCAAUGCAACAGCAGGACUGCUGAUUUGGAUCGGCGAUCGCAAAACACGCAAGAAUGAUGUAUUGGAGCGCAUUAAUCGGCAGGAGUUGACACAGGAAGCGAUGGAGAAGAUGGAGAAGAGGUGGGCAGAAGAGGAGGGAGAUAGACGAGUGGCGGACUAG